CCACUCACCAUUGUGGUCCAUGAUUCGGUGUAGGGUACUCUGGGACCGGAAGUCGCCGCCGUGCUACGGUAUGGGUGGAAGCGGGACCGGAAGCAGAAGUGCACGCUCGUGAGGGGGUGAGGGAAUGCAUAGAGAUAGGCAGAGGGAGAACGGUAGGACAACUAUUUGUUGGCGACUUCACUUUAUCGUUCCUUCGGUCGCUGUUUCCACCAACAGUGCCCCAUGGAGAAAAGUUUCGUGCAGGGUGCAUGCCUUCUCUCUAUCUCUUUGCCACCCUCCAGCGUGCUCGGUUUCGCCACUCUCCGGACCUAUGGGAGAACGAAAGGGUAACAAACAGCAAGAUGUGGCCUGAUACCUUAUACAUGACUAGUCAGCCCAGAGAAAUCCUUCACAGUCCACUAAGAAAUCCAGUUGAUUUGUUUCAUUCUGAGAAUAUUGUAAAAAUUUGUGCUCCUAUGGUUAGAUAUUCAAAAUUAUCUUUCAGAACAUUAGUCAGGAAAUACAACUGUGAUUUAUGCUACACUCCAAUGAUAGUUGCAGCUGAUUUUGUCAAAUCUGUAAAAGCUAGACAUAGUGAAUUUACUACAAACCAAGGUGAUCAUCCUCUGAUUGUUCAGUUUGCUGCUAAGGAAGCACAUGUUCUAGCAGAUGCUGCUUGUAUCAUCAGUCCUUUUGCAGAUGGCAUAGACCUAAACUGUGGCUGUCCACAGAGAUGGGCUAUGGCAGAAGGUUUUGGUGCUUGCUUAAUAAACAAACCAGAACUGGUGCAAGAGAUGGUGAAGCUAGUAAGAAAUCAAGUGGAAAACCCCAUGUUUUCAGUAUCCAUUAAGAUAAGGAUUCAUGAUGACCUAAAGAGAACUGUAGACCUCUGUCAAAAAGCUGAAGCAGCUGGAGUAUCCUGGAUUACAGUCCAUGGGAGAAAUGUAGAAGAAAGACACCAGCCGGUACACUAUGACACAAUUAAAAUAAUUAAACAAAGUAUGUCUAUACCAGUUAUAGCUAAUGGUGACAUGAAAUCUUUAAAAGAUGUGAAAGAUGUUCAUCAAAAAACAGGAACAGAUGGUGUCAUGGUUGCUAGAGGGCUCUUAGCCAAUCCAGCCAUGUUUGCAGGAUAUGAAGAAACACCCCUACAGUGCAUUCAAGACUGGGUUGAUAUUGCUCUUGAACAUGGGACACCUUUUACAUGUCUUCAUCACCAUUUAAUGUAUAUGUUGGAAAGGAUUACUUCAAAGCAAGAGAAGAAAGUUUUUAAUGUCUUAUCAAGCACAUCUGCUGUUUUAGACUACCUUAGGGAUAACUAUGGUGUGCAGUAACUUUCUAGAUAUUUUAAUUAUAUGAAGAUUGUACUUUCAUUGUUUUACAGUGGUUUUGCAAACUCAGAAUAUUUUUAUAUAUAUGAAAAAAUUAUUUUUUAAUUAAAGUCUCUCAAACAAAUGUA